AUGCGACCGCAAACCUCGUUCUCGUACCUCCUCUCCCUCCUCGUCGCCAUCUCCCUCUCACCUCUCACCUUCGCCGAAAACAUAAUCGAGUCCAAUUCCCUCAACUCCUGCAAGAGCGGCUCCAACUUCACAGCCACUUUGUUCAAUGUCGCCUACACGCCGGCGAACAACAGCAUUGGGGUCAAAAUUAAUGGUGUUUCUUCGCUAGUUGGAAAUGUCACGGCACAGCUGGAAGUAAUUGCAUAUGGAUUCACGAUUCUUAAUCAGACACUGAACCCUUGUGAAAUGGACCUCGCCGGAUUCUGCCCCAUGCAAACCGGCCAAAUCAACAUCGAAACAAACAUCGACGUCCCGGAUGAUGUGGCGAAACAAGUGCCUGGAAUUGCAUACAGCGUCCCUGAUCUUGAUGGUGUUGUCCGAGUCUAUGUCACUUCUACCGACACAAAUGAAGUGAUUGCGUGCAUGGAGGCAGAUCUUUCCAAUACCAAGAGCGUCUACCAUCCUGCCGUAGGCUGGUCGACCGCUGUCAUUGCUGGUCUCGGUCUGAUGGCGGCAGGAGUAACCUCUGGUCUUGGUCAUCCAAAUACGGCCGCUCACGUUGCUGCUAACGCCGUAUCGCUGUUCGGCUUUUUCCAAGCUCAAGCUAUCAUUGGAAUGACUUCUGUCACCAUGCCUCCCAUUGUUCAGUCUUGGACCCAAAACUUCCAGUGGAGCAUGGGUAUUAUCCGAGUCGAAUUCCUUCAAUCCAUCGCCACCUGGUAUCAACGAGCAACUGGUGGUACCCCUACUACCUACCUUUCGACUUUGAGCACCUUCUCCGUUCAAGUCCAAAAACGCGCCAUCAAGCGCUCUCUCCAGGUAAUGACGGCCUAUGCCACGCAGGGCAUUCGAGCUCUGGCGAAGCGCCAGGAUGCCUCGGCCACCACUUCUACCACAGCCGAGAAUGUCAAAGUCGUUCGCGGAAUCGAUAGAGUCGGUUUUCGGGCCGGAAUUGAGCAGACCAACAUAUUCAUGACUGGCCUGAUCUUCUUCAUCUUCGUCCUGUUCCUCGUUGCUAUCUUGGUUGCUUUGACCAAGGUGGUGUUGGAUGGUUGCGCUAAAGCCGGCUGGAUGAAAUCUGACAAAUUCCUCGAGUUCCGAAAUGGCUGGAAGAUUGUCAUCAAGGGUAUUUUGUUCCGAUUGGUUCUCCUCGGCUUCGUUCAAAUGUCCAUUCUCUGCCUAUGGGAACUGGUAGAAAGAGACUCGGUUGCCGAAGUCGUUCUCGCUUUGAUCGUUUUCAUUUCAAUGGCGGCUGCUUUGGGUUGGGCUUCAUUCAAAGUCAUCCAACUUGCAAAGAAGUCGGUCGCCAUGCACAAGAACCCUGCCUACAUUCUCUACUCCGACCCAGAGUGCCUCAACAAAUGGGGUUUCCUCUACGUGCAGUAUCGCGCCACCGCCUACUAUUUUGUUGUGCCGUUACUAGCCUACAUCUUGGCUAAGGCCAUCUUCAUUGCCUUUGCUCAGAAAUCACCUGUGGCCCAAGCUGUCGGGCUGCUGAUUGUGGAGGCUGUUGCUUUGAUCGGUAUCAGUGUUCUCCGACCCUACAUGGACAAGAAGACCAACAUUUUCAACAUCUCCAUCGCCGCGGUCAACUUCCUUAACGCCAUCUUCUUACUUGUCUUCUCGGAUGCGUUUGGACAACCAGAGAUGGUUUCGGGUGUCAUGGGCGUCAUCUUUGCCUUCUACAAUGUUGUCUUCGCCGCUGUCUUGUUGAUUCUGGUUCUCAUUGCCUCCAUCUAUGCAAUCGCUUCCAAGAACCCGGAGGUGAGAUAUCAGCCAAUGCGCGAUGACCGAGGAAGCUUUAUCAAGUCUCAAGCUGCUCUGACCACCGAGCUUGAUGCAUUAGGUGCCACUGCAAGAGGCGAUGGCCGGCUUUCGUACAUCAAAGACAAGGGUUAUGAUGACGACGCUUCCUUCUCCAGCGGAUCUCUGAAACAUCAGUCUGAUAUGUCGCAACGACCAAUGUCUCAGACGCAAAGCAUGUACCAACAGGAUCAUACACCACUCUAUCCUGGCGAAAAUAACGGAAGACGUGGUCCUCCACAAUCCUAUGAACAACGACAAAUGUAUAACCAAGGUUACAAUUCAAAUGGUGACUAUGGCUAUGGUGGACGACCAACAACCGCACCAAACUCACAAUCAUAUGACAGAAGUAUGAGCAAUCUCAGCAACGGAUAUGGACCGCCACGAUCCGCUCAUGGUGGAUACCCUCCACAGCAAGGAUUCCGACAACAAAACAAUGCCAGCCCCUGGCAACGAGGUGCAGGCUAUGAUUGA